UUGCUCGACCACUUGUAGUCAACCUGUAUUGCCCACUGCUGUAUGAUUCAUUCACAAUGUAUAAGGAGAAGACCGCCAAAAGCCUCCACAUGAGCUUAACGCCUGGACCCCAGAAAAUGGACUUCACCAGGGGAGGCGGAUGGGUAUUAUUCUUAAACAUGCCUGAACUCAAGAUAGAGGACGUCAAGUCCUUUGUAAAAUACGGCACUUUGUUCAUUGAAGGAAAAACAAAAACGAAAACGAACAUGGUGCAGUAUAUUACAGGCAUACGUUUACCAGAGUACUUCAAGACAAAGCGUAAUAUGAUCAAGACAGAAUUGCAAGAUGGAUUGUUUAAGAUAACCGUUCCCAGUGUGGACACCAAGACUAACAUCCUCUCUAGCAUCCUCUCUAACAUCAUCUCUAGCAUCAUCGUUGAUUUCAUAUCUAAACGAACAUGUUCUCUCCAUGGAAGCGAUGGUUGGACUUCUAGGAUAUUCACCAGGUUAAAUAAAUGGACAUUCAAAUGGGCUCCCACCCAGAAAAGGUGGACAAAGUAUACACCUGAUGAGCUUGAAAUUGAAUUCCCUGUGUGUGGCUUGGGUAAUGAAGCAGACAUCGAUAUGCGGGUCGACGUGAAGAAUAGAUUCAUAUUAGUAGCUAAAAACAACGAGAAGGGCAUCUACUAUAAGUACUACCAACAGCUACCACGGUGUGGUAACUUUGAAAAGGCUCAUUUUAAAUCAAAAUUAGAUUUGGGCCUGCUGACUGUCAAUGUGAAGAACUUCCAAAAAGAGGAAGUGAAAUUUGGAUUUGAUUAGACCAAAGCCGAAUCAGGCGAGUUUGUCAACUUGUUUUAUAAACGUAUGCAUCCUUUUCCUUCUGGUAUUUUACUUGACGUAGCAUGAAAUUGCAAUGUG